AUGUGGCUGUGCCCAGCUCUGCUCCUUCUCUGCCUGCAAGGUUGUUCAUCUCUGACGGGCCCUGGCUCCGUGUCUGGCUACGUGGGAGGCACUGUCCAUGUGCAGUGUCAGUACGGGAAGUCAUACAAGGACCAUGUUAAAUACUGGUGUCGAGGGAAGUCCGAUACGAAAUGUAAAACUAUUGUGGAAAUCAAAGGAAACGGGGAAGUAAAGAAGAGUGGCCGGGUAUCCAUGAGAGACCACGCUGGGAACUUCUCCAUGACAGUGACCAUGGAGAACCUCAGCGAAGACGACGCUGGAUCUUACUGGUGCAAGAUCCAAACUUUCUUUAUCUGGGACUCGUGGUCUCGUGACCCAGCCGUCCUUGUAAAGGUACAUGUUCUCCCAGCCACAACUCCCAUGGCGACCACACUCGCAGUUACAACUGCCUCCCUUCCACUAGUGAAUACUGGACACCUGAGGAUUAGCACCAGUGAGUCAUUCCUCCUCCAGCUAUGGCCCCUGCUCAGCACCAUCCACUUCCAGAUCCUGGUCCUCCUGAAGCUGCCCCUGUUUCUGAGCAUGCUCUGUGCUGUCUUCUGGGUGAACAGGCUUCAGAAGAUUCCUGGGGGGAAUUAA